AUACGUAAAAAAUGCUUUGGUGGUGUAGUCGCUGGUGGUAGGUGUUGUUUGUUUACCUGCUGCUGCUGCUGGGAUGAGCGGGGGAGGCCAGGAGAGCAGUCAUUCAGCACCGGCCCCAGCAGUUCACCAAGAAGUCACUUAGCACUGCAGCACAUGGAGCCGUCCUAGGACGCCGGAUCACAGGUAGCCAAUCACGUGACCGAUCAGAACUGGACAUGCUGGCCAAUCAGGAAACGGAUUGGAGGAGAGGGAGUGCUGGACACGCUGGCCAAUCCCGAACCAGAUCACCGCAGGCCUGGCUGGGCCGUGAUCUGCCAAUGGCGAGCGUCCCUUGCUCGCCCUGCGCUCCCGUGAUCCCGGCUGUCAGUUGUGGGUGCGAGGCGCAGCCACACUCUCACCUGUAUUAUGUCCAACUCAAUGCAGUCAUUCAUAUCUUUUUCUGGUGUGAUCUCUACAGUCCUGCACCCUGGCAUUGCCCUCCAUAGUGCCUUAUUCACAACAACUGCUGCCAUGUUGGUGCCAAUGGUGGUGGGUGUGAUGGUGGUGGUGGUGGUGGUGCACCGGUGCAUGAUGCGACGCUGUAUCUCCACGCGCAGCCUAGCCGGAAUGACUGCUAUUGUUACAGGGGCAUCUGCAGGUAUUGGGAAGGAGACUGCCAAGGACUUGGCAAAGCGUGGUGCUCGGGUCAUCCUUGCUUGUAGAAACCGGAUGAAGGCUCAGGCUGUGGCCGACUAUAUCAUCUCAGUGACAGGCAACAAAAAUGUGGUGGUAUAUCUGCUGGAUACGUCUGAUCUUUCCUCUGUCAGGUCCUUUGCCAAAGACGUGCUAAAGACAGAGGGUUCUAUCCAUAUCCUGGUAAAUAAUGCUGGGAUUGGGGGCAAAGAGAUUCAAGAGAUGACACGUGAUGGCUUUGAGCUGACCAUGGCCACCAACUAUUAUGGCCACUUCUUGUUGACAAAUUUGCUUCUUAAACGUCUUAAGGAGAGUGCACCCAGCCGUGUUGUCAAUGUAUCUUCACUUGCCCACUUGUUUGUAUGGCAGCUUAAUUUGAAGGAUCUCAACUUUAAGAAGAGGAGUUACAGCCUGCUUAGGGCAUAUUCACAGAGCAAGCUAUGCAACAUUCUCUUCUCCCUUGAACUGGCUGAGAAAUUGCAUGGCUCUGGUGUUGUUGUCAACUCACUCCACCCUGGCACCAUUAACUCAGAAUUUGUGCGUGAUGAGAUGGUGAUGUCAUGGUGGCGCAAACCCUUCCUGCUGUUUGCCAGAAUUAUGCUCAGGUUAUUUGGCAAGGAUAGUGAGCUGGGGGCCCAGACCACCAUUCACCUAGCAGUGUCAGAGGAGGUGGAGGGUGUAACAGGGAAAUAUUUUGAUGAAUGCAAGGAAGCCACAAGCUCUUGGCUGGCACGGGACAGAGGGCUGGCAAAGGCCUUGUGGGAAAUUACUGAGGCAGAUGUCCAGCUUGCACCCAAUGAAAUCUUUUACUGAGAGAGAGAGAGAGAGAGAGUUUUGUGUGUGUAAUUUGCUUUCAAUAUAGAUAAACAAGAUGUAAUGAUGAUUUGUAGGUUUAUCUAGGUUUUUCCUCCAUCAAUUCAAAAUUUCAAACUUUAAAAUGAACUUUAGUUUGAUAGAAUAAUAGACAAAUGAAUAAUUACAAAUUCUUUGUGAUUAGUAUAAUUUACCGUCAAGAUUCACCAAGGAGAGAGGAAAAAGAUGUACUUACUAAAUGUAGAGAAUACAAUUAUAUUAUUAUUAUUAAUGUUAUGUAUUAUUAUUAUUAUUAUUAUUAUUAUUAUUAUUAAUAUUAUUAUUAUUAUUAUUAUUAUUAUUAUUAUUAUUAUUAUUAUUAUUAUUAGUAGUAGUAGUAGUAGUAGUAGUAGUAUUGUUGUUAUUAGAAUGUGUAAUAUUGAAAGAUCUACUGAAACUCUUAUCAAUCUCUCAAAAUUCUGAUUAUUCUUAAGAAUUUUGGAACAUUUUGAAAUUUGGAUCAGGACUCCAAUAUGCUUCUUACACCUACCUACAUUGGAAUGGCGCUUUGUCCUAGUCAAGCUGAGGCGGCAUGCAAUGUCAUCAUGUCAGAGUUGUCAAUCAACCAUCAGUUGGGGAUUGAAGAGUGAUGAUGUGGUCUAAAAUUAUAUACCUUUCUGGUGCUGAGAAAAAAAUCUAAAUAAAUGAAUAAAUAAAUGCUCACAGAGCAUAGGAAAGGGA